AUGCUGUCCAACAGCGAGAGCGACAACGACAACGACACUGGAGAGCUGCACGAGCUCACCAUCAACGAACAUUUUGCAAAAGCAUUCCAGUUCAAAAAAGAAAGAGAGGAACUUUCAAAGCACGCCUCGGACGACGACACCGACUCCGAAGAGCAGGAGUCGGAAGACGAGGACGCCGAGGAACUCACCCCCGCCGUCGACGUCGCCAUCCUCCGCACCCUUGCCCGCAUACGCAAGCGCGAUCCGUCUAUCUACGACGCAGACAGCCGCAUAUUCGAUGAGGAACGCGAGCGCACAGCAGGCAGCGCACCCGAACCAUCCCGCCGCAAACCCAAAGACAAGACCAAACCCAUAACCGUCCGCCAAGCCGCCCUCGAAUCCCGCCUCCUCUCCCGCUCCCCAUCUCCCUCCGGCUCUCGCAGACCCGCAGACGACCCAUCGCUCACACACACCGAAGAACAGCGCCGUCUCCGCGCGGAGACGCUCGCUGCUUUCCACGACGGCAUUGCGAACGGCAAGGACAGCGACGGUGGCAGUGACUCGGACGGCGACGACGAGGACAACUUUCUCAUUCCCCGCGAGAAGACGCAGGACGAGCUCGAGCGCGAGGAGCAGGAGUACCGUGCGUUCCUGGAGACGCACGUCGGUGAUGAGCUCGAGGAUCUUGUUCUCGGUGGGGAAGCUGAGACGGGCGGUCAGGAUGAGGACGCGGUGGAUGGAGAAGGCGAGCGGGGAGGAAAGAAGGAGAAGAAGAAGCGGAAGAAGAAGGAGAAGCUGGGUGCAGGGGAGAAGAAAAAGUCCAAGGAGGAAGCGGAUCAGGCGUUUUUGGUCAACUACAUCCUCAACCGCGGCUGGAUCGACCGCGACGCUCAGCGGAUACCAACGUACAGCGAGGUCACCAAGUCAAAAUCAAAGUCAAAGUCGAAAAAAUCCCAGCAGGACUCGGACGACAGCGACGCCGACUCGGCGGCGGAUUCUCACGUCAACGGGCAUACCGCAGACGGGGAACAAGAUGCCGCAGGGAAUGAGCAAGGAGAAGACGACGACGAGGAGGUAGCAGAAGACGAAGAGGAUUUCGAAGACAUGGCCGACGCGUUCGAGGUGUCGUACAACUUCCGCUUCGAAGAACCCGGCGCAGACCAGAUCAAAUCCUUCCCGCGCGACCUCUCCGCGUCGGUACGACGCACCGAGACCACGCGCAAAGACGCGCGUCAGCGCCGAAAAGAGCGCAAGGAUGCGGAGCGCGCGGCGCGCGCGGAGGAGGUGCGUCGUCUCAAGGCGCUCAAGAUGCGCGAGCUGCGGCGGAGGCUCGAGCGUAUCGGGCGCGAGGGCGGGUUGGAGGGUGCCGAGGCGGAUGCGUUUGCGGACUUUGAUCUCGAUGCGGAUUGGGAUCCGGAGGCGCAUGAUGCGCAGAUGGCGGGGUUGUAUGGUGGGGAAGCGGAAGGGGGCGACGGUGUGGAGAUGGACGAGGAGAAGCCGACGUGGGACGAUGAUAUUGAUGUUGGCGACAUUGUUCCUCCUUCAGACGACGAGGACGGCAUUUCGAGUAAGAAGAAGCGCAAGAAGGACAAGAAAGAUAAGAAAGACAAGAAGAAGAAGAAAAAGAAGGGCGGGGACGACGACGACGACGUGGGCGUGGAUAUGGACGAAAUGGACGCGGACGCGGUGCCUCCUGCAAAGGGCUCCGACGGAGAAGAAGAUGGGGAAGAGUGGGACGGGACGGAGGAGAUGCGCAAGCGCAAGGUGCAGGAGUACAUGGACGAGAUCGACGCGCUGGAGUUCAACGACAUCGUCGCCGGCCAGCCCACGCGCUUCAAGUACCUCCCGACCGCCGCACAGGACUUCGGCCUCUCGCCCGUCGACAUCCUCCUCGCGUCCGACCGCGAGCUGAACCAGUUCAUGAGCGUCAAGCGCUACGCGCCGUACCGCGCCAAGACAUGGGACGCGGGCCGCGGCGAGCGGCUGCGCGAGCUGCGCACGACUGUCGCUGCGCGUGCGCCGGGCGCGGGCGGGUGGGUUGUCGAGGGCGAGGGUGGGUAUCGGAGGGGACGUGGGGAUGCGCAGGAGCGGGGGCAGGGGCAGGAGAAUGGGGACGGGAGGGACGCAGGGACGAAGAAGAAACGGAUGGGCAAGAAGGAGCGGAUGAAGGCGAAGGUGGCUGCGCCCGUGACUGUUCCUCCGCUUCCUGAUUCCGGAUCCAAGCGGAAGCGCGUGCACUUUGAUGCGGAUACUGUCGGUGGCGAGAGCGGAGACGAGGAGAACGUUAUCGGUGACGCGAACGCGGAGGGCAAGUCGCGGAAGAGGCGGAGAAGGCAGAAGAAGAAAGGGGGUGGUGGGCAGGCGGAGGUCGAGUCGUGA